AUGGUGAACAUCGUACAGCUCCCCUCUGGCAACCAGUACCAAAUCAACGCAGCAUUUGGUGGAGACGGGCCAACCAGCCCACUGCAAUUGGCAAGCGGUCGUGUAGUCCCAAACCUCGGUACGCGGGAGGUCCGACUAGUCUAUGGGAACAUCGGAAAACAAUCGCGCCUUGAGCAGAAACUUUGGACAUACCAGUCUUGCAAUGAACCUGAAAAGGACUGGAACGCCUGUUAUUGCUUUGGCGAAAUUGAAUUUUUCCAUGAUGAUUUUGAAGUCAUGAAGCUCACAAGCUGGGAAGCCUUUGAAAAAGGGAACAUCUGGGUUGUCAACCUUCUACGAGGUGGGGAGGUAGAGGGACUUUCUCUGAAGGAUGGCGAACUUGGAAAUGAGACAGGAGGUGCAAUUUCAAUCAUUGGGAAGGUCAUGUUUGUUAACGACGUGGUCAAGCUCAGUCUGGAUGGCAAGACUAGAGUGAUCGAUUCGUUUCGAAGCAAGUCAGAGCGGUUGCGCGGCCUGAAGAAAUGGUCCUUAAUUCCCAUUAGACUCACUAUCGGCUGA